AUGGAGUCCAUUACCACCAACAUCCAACACCUACAGGAUCGCCACGACGCCGCUUGGGAGGCCGCACGCGACUCUUCCCACAACCACAUAAACGUCGAUCAUCAUCAUCGCGACAACAAGAAGACCAAUCACGGAAAGGACAAAGACAAAGGCAAACAGCAUCGCAAGAAACCCGUCCAACACCGCGUGCAUCACCGAACCCACAAAGGCUCACCUCACAAGGGCACAGCGCACCAUCCCAAGCCCGUUGGUGACAAGACCAAGGGCAAGAACAAUGGGGACCACCAUAAAGACGAAGACAAGGACGGCCAUGGCAACCAUAACAGCAAAACGGAAGGAAAUGGUAGAAAGAAGGGUGGUGGUCAUAUUGGUCAUUUUGUUGAUGGGCCCAAACAUGGACAUCACCACGGCAAGGAGGGUGGCAAGGAUGGGAAGCACUCUGCUCACGGCGGCAAGCAUCCUGUGGACGGAAAAAAGCCCGGCAACGGAAAACUCCCCGUCGACGAUGGAGAGAGCCCCAAGGACAGCAAGGACGGUGACGAGAAGAAAGGAGCGGAAGGCAAGGACGGAAGGAAGAACGGAGGAGAGGGUAAGGAAAAGCCCAAGAAUGGAGGAGAGGGUAAAGAGAAGGCCAAGAACGGAGGAGAGGGUAAAGAGAAGGCCAAGAACGGAGGAGAGGGCAAAGAGAAGGCCAAGAACGGAUCUGACGAGGAGAAGGGUGGAGCCAACAAGGGCGGCGACAAAGGUGCUGCUGGAAACGGUGAUGGGGAGGAGGGUAGCACUGGCAAGGACAAGGGCACGGCCCACAAGGGCAAGGAGUCCCAGGAUACCAAGGGAACCCCCCCUGGCACCAAAACUAGCCCUGCAGAUAAGACAGCUGCUCCACUUGACAGCAACGUUGCGACUCCGUCUCAGGGUAACCAAGCUGUCCCCAGAUCGCCAUUCUUCACCAACGCUGGAUCCAACAUCCCCGGAAUCCCCAAUCAUCCCUUGGACUCUGGCAGCAGCAGGAAUGUCGCCACGCCCCCCAAUGGACAUACCGAUAACAAUAAUAACAAGAAUUCAAACUCCAAACUCCUCGCCUACACCUUGAUCCCUUUGACCAUUAUCGCCGGAGCAGUCUAUGGCGUUGUCGCCUACCGCCGCAAGAACACUCGCCGACGUGACCUUCGCCGCCGCCUCCAAGAAGAUGCCGAAGCUGCCGCCCUGGCCGCCCGUACUGACGGUGGCGACGAUGACACCUCCUCGUUGAUGAGCGCCGUCAGCUACCGCCCCCCAGCCCCCUUUGCCAGCGAAGUCGAUGUCACCACCGAGUCCAUGGAGACCAACCCCGAGAUUGUUGUCGGCAACGGAAGUCAGCACCUAAUCUCAGCACCCAAACGCGACGAGGGUCGUCUUGGUGACUACCAGGACUACUCCCAUGUCUGUCAGUCACAGAUACUUGGCAAAAAGUGCACCAACCACAGCAUCAGCUGCUUUGUUGCCCUGAACCACAGUAACGGAGGACUUAACGCCAUGGCUUUGCCCCGCACCCCUUCUGCCGCGGCCUCAAGGGCCUUGAUUCCCAAGCUGGAGCCCGCUUCUUCCUCCUCCAACACCGCCGCUGUUGAGUCUGAGAAAUAG